AAAAUUAGUUAUAAAAAAAUAAUUAUAACACUUAUUUUAGUAUCAAUCACUGUAUUGAGAAUGAGGGCUAUACUGUUAACCCUGGUGAUUAUUGCUGCCAUUAUUUGCUCCAUUGACGCUCAAUAUGAACGGGACGGCCUAUUAGGUCGGGUGCGACCACUGAUCCGCGAAUAUGAGUCCCAUAGGGGUCGAUACCAAAAGACUAACCGCCAACUGGCCGCCCGACUCGACCAGGAGUUACGUGUUAUACGUGAGUUGGAAAGGGAGCUCUCGAGGGCCAGUCGUACGCUCGACCAACAACGCUACCGGGCCUACGAGCAGAGGUAUUUCAGACACCAGAGCCGGUUGAAGGAGCUGUUAGGUUAGGGACAGGCGUUUGAGAUAUUAUUAUGUCUGUAGUGAAUGCAAAACACGUUUAAACUCUGUUUUAAUAUAACUAAAUAGUAUUGUUCACCAAGGUUUUUUAGAUAUUUUAUAUUGUAUUUGUAUUGUAUAAUUGAAUUGUACUUGGUAUGAAUGAAUAAACUUUCAGUUUCAAAAUAAUCUAUAAUACUUGUUUUGUUUUAAAAAAAAUAAAAUGUGAAUAAAACA